GCUCCUGCUGGUGCCCCUGGUGAUGUCCCAGCGGGCGCCAGGGGGGGGGGCAUGCUCGCCUCCCUUUCCCCGCACCGCCUCCUCUGCCACCUCUGGCCCUACACGCCGGAGGAACUCCCGAGGUAACUCUCGCUGCGGCCCUCGUCGCCGCCCGGGCUGCUGCUGCCGAGGGUCAGGCACGCCUGCGCGCAGCAGCCCUGACCUGGGAGCGCGAGCGUGAUGCGGCCGACGUCUUGGCCCGUCAGAUCGCCGAGGCGGAGCAGCUCCUCGCCCACCCGGUGUCCCACGACAGCACUGCCACCUCCUCCGGCUCCGGUGCUCCCCGUCCUCCUUUGGUUGUCUGGACCGACCCGGCCGAUCCCCUCGUCGCGCAGCUCCAUUACCAGGCCGGGGGUGUUCAGAACAUCAAGAGCUUGGUCCCCGUCGUCCUCGACCCUGAGUCGCCCUCCUACGCCCGCUGGCGGGACAUGGUGCUGCUCAUUCUCCGCCGCUACGCCCUCGACGACCAUGUCCUCAUCGACACCUUCCUUGCGGCCCGGACAGCUACGUGGCUUCGCCUCGACAGCAUCGUCCUGUCGUGGAUCCUGGGCACCAUCUCCCUCGACCUCCACGACCUCGUCCGCGGCACCCCCGACACCACCGCCCGCCGGGCCUGGCUGGCGCUCGAGGGCCAGUUCCCGGGCAACGCCGAAGCCCGAGCUCUUCGUCUCGACGCCAGCUUCCGCACUUUCGUCCAGGGCGACCUCUCCGUUGGCGAGUUCUGCCGGAAGAUGAAGACCAUGGCGGACUCCCUCGGUGACCUUGGCUGGGCCGUGGAGGACCGGAUCUUGGUUCUCAACGUUCUUCGCGGCCUCAACGAGCGCUACGCCCACCUCCGCACCUGAAUCACCCGGCAGCGGCCCUUCCCCACCUUCCUGCAGGUCCGUGAUGACCUUGUCAUGGAGGAGCUUACUCAGGGCAUCCAGCCUGGGUCCCUUCCUGCGCCGGCCUCCGCGUCUUCCUCGA